GAGGUAUAGUGGGGGUUACCGGUUGCUUUGAAAUUUUUUCUCUUUCUCGUGGUUGUCGCCGCUGGUGAAGCAGGCAUUUUAUUGUUCAACCAUCUUUAUUUCCCGGCAAAAAGCAAAAUGGCAACUGAACAUGAUCAAUCUGGAGACUGUCCAGAUGAUUUGGAAUCUGUAGAAGAGGAGGAAACUGGACAAGAAAUUGCUAAUAGGAUUUUAGAAUUCCCAAAUGUCCUAUCUGCUUUACAAAGCCAACGAAAUGCUGAAAUGUUAGCACUUCUCCCACCUGCUGUGAAACGAAGAAUAAAAGCCUUAAAAAAAAUUCAAUUGGAAGCCACGCAUAUUGAAGCUAAAUUUUAUAAAGAAGUUCAUGAUUUAGAAUGUAAAUACCAUAAGUUGUAUGUACCAUUGUAUGAGAAGAGAACUACAAUCGUUAAUGGAAAUUAUGAACCAACCGAAGAGGAAUCUCAGUGGCCGUCUGACGAUGAAGAUGAACUGCCUGCUGCGUUAAAAGAAAAGAUAAAAUUGGAGGAAGAGAAAGAAAAGAAGGAACCAAAAGAUGAAAAAGGAAUUCCUGAUUUUUGGUUGACGAUAUUUAGAAAUGUUGGGUUAUUGGCUGAAAUGGUGCAACCGCAUGAUGUACCCAUCCUUAAACAUUUAACUGAUAUAAAAACGAUUUGUAAAGAGGAUCCUAUGAAUUUUACUCUUGAAUUUCACUUCUCUCCAAAUGAAUACUUCACCAACACGGUCCUAACGAAAGAAUAUGAAAUGAAAUGUGUGCCUGAAGAGGACGACCCCUUCAGUUUUGAGGGCCCGGAAAUCUACAAAUGUUCCGGUUGCACCAUCAACUGGAACAAGGGUAAAAACGUAACCCUUAAAACCGUGAAGAAAAAACAAAAACACAAGAGCCGCGGAGUCGUGCGUACUGUUACAAAAACGGUCCAGAAUGACUCUUUCUUCAAUUUCUUCACCCCACCAACUAUUCCAGAGAAUACUAAAGAAGAAGAUGUCGAUGAAGAUCUCCGCAAUUUACUUACUACCGAUUUUGAAAUUGGCCACUAUAUAAGAGAACGCAUAGUUCCACGUGCGGUGCUUUUCUUCACCGGUGAAGGGUGCGAAGAUGAAGAGGAUUUCGAAGAAGAAGAAGAGGAGGAAGAUGAUGAUGAGGAAGAGGAUUCCGAUGGCAAGGAGAAUACGAAAAUCAGCAAGGAUCAGAACUGCAAGCAACAAUGAGAUUAUUUAGUUAGUAAUUCCUGUGCUUUAAGUAACUGGAGGUAUUUAAAACUCUUCCAUUUUUGUAUUCCUAGCUUUUGUUAUUCCUGUCUAUUUAUUUUAAUACGUAAAAUUUUUACCAGUUGUCUGUAAUAUUAAAUUUGGGAUAUAUAUUCAAUGGAAACUGUUGCGAUUAUGAGAUAUAAUUUAUGGAAAGUUGUACCGAGCAUUUAUGAGUUACUAGCUUCUACUCUGUAAUGUUUCCAAAUUUAUUUUGUAAUUGAAGGAGUAAACAAAAUAAAAUUUCUUACACAUUUU